UCUAUCUUUAUCUAACACCAAGCGAUUCAACGGUAGGUGGCGAUCGUGGUCCGGUUAGCUGCAAAUCACCGAUUAAACAGAAGAAGAACUGAACGCGGGCGGUGUUGAUGACGUAGGGCGAGGGAAAUCCAAAACAGCUCCGGUCCUCUCGGGCGGUGUUGUGAAGUAAACACGUGAAGUUGAGCUGUAAAAGCGGUUGUGAAGUGAACCACAAUUGUUAAAGCGUGAGAAAAAAUGCAGAAGGCUUCCCGUUUGAAGCGUGAACUUCAGAUGCUGAGCACGGAGCCACCUCCCGGAAUAACAUGCUGGCAGAUCGAGGAACGGGUAGACGACCUGCGGGCACAGAUAGUGGGUGGAACAGGGACCCCAUAUGAAGGUGGACUCUUCCUUUUGGAGAUCAAGGUCCCAGAGAGGUACCCAUUUGAGCCUCCCAAAAUGCGAUUCUUGACCCCCAUCUACCACCCAAACAUUGACAAUUCAGGGCGUAUCUGCCAUGAUGCCCUCAAACUCCCGCCAAAGGGUGCCUGGAAGCCAUCCCUAAACAUCUCUACGGUCCUCACCUCCAUUCAGCUGCUCAUGGCUGAGCCCAAUCCAGAUGACCCACUCAUGGCCGAUAUAUCAUCAGAGUUCAAAUACAGCAAACAGCUGUUCACGGAGAAGGCCAGGAAGUGGACACAAGAACACGCUGUUCAGAAGAAUACGGGAGUCGUGGAGGCCAACAAAGAAAAUACUCCAGAUCAGAAAGCUUCAUCUCGCAAAAGAGAGGCUUUCGGUGCACAGCAGGAGGCAGAGGAACCAGCAAAGAAAACCUGUGUGUAGUUUCUAUCUUGCCUGUUAGAGCCACAGGUCUCUCUUCUACAGAGCCACCAUGCCUUAUACAAGGCAAUUUACAUUUUUAAUUUAGUGCUUAUACCUACUUCCUUUUUCUAUGUAUGCAUUCCUCGUCCUAAUCCAGAACUGCCCACAUAUUUAUAUGUAUAAUUCUUAUGUUUCUGUUGUGAUAUUAAAGUUUAUUUUAAACACUAAUUGAACUAAUUUUAUGUAUUACAUACGAUACCUUGACUUGAUGUGGAGGUGUGUUUCACAGUAGUAGCAGAAGCACAGUGGUUGAUGGUGUAUACAGUAUGAAGAUAAUCAUUUUAUUCAAACAUAUGCUUACCAGUUGUAUACAAAGUAUGUACAUCCUAAAUAGCAAGUUUAUUUUACAAACUAAGGAUUUAUUUUUUAAUAUAAAAUUAUAUAUUUGCUGUUUAUCA